UAGACUGUGGUGUGCAGACUGUGCAGACUGUGGUGUGUAGACUGUGGUGUGUAGACUGUGGUGUGCAGACUGUGGUGUGCAGAUUGUGAAGACUAUGUAGGCUGUGUAGACUGGGUGUGCAGACUAUGUAGACUGUAUAGACUGUGGCAUGACGAGGGCGUUCGCGUUGCUGAGCCCAACAGCUGACUGUCUACACUGGCGGCGUGUACUUCACACGUACAGAGAAACACAAUGGCGACGAUCAGACUUCGAAUGCUUAGUCGUCCCACCACUGUGAAGAGGGGCGAGUGGUGAGUGAACAUUUCUUGCUGAGGACUGCACAACUUCACCAGACCGGCAACCCUGCUGAGACGGCUGAAGGAGGUCGAAGGUCCUCCAUGCACUCUUUAGCAGUUUCAGAACGAAAUUUGUGUUCUCCGACCUCAGGUCAUUAGCUGGAUGUUGAGACAGAACGGCUACAGUUCAAAGCCAAGAGGAAGAAGUUAACCCUUGUGCCGACGAUCCAAAGAUGAUUUGCCAGUCAAGCGGGAGCGGGGCGGAAAGAAACAUUAAAUAAAUACAAGUGCUGGAUACGAUCUUCAGUCAGUCCAAGUCCAACAGUGCGACACGGAGCAUGGUGGCAGAGAUGGUGUCGCCACGAGAUCUUUUUUCUGCCAAUUUGUCUCCUCGCCCUCCGCCCUCUUUUCAGCUCCCCACAAUUCUGUCUUCACACGACAGGAGUAAAAAAAAUUAACACUUUUGUUUUGUCUGCACUCUUGAGGUCUGUCACCGCAGCUGUGACCCCCCACGCCAGACGUUACCCCAUUAUUCACGUCGCCGGGGUCAGCUUAAACGGCUUCCCGACAAGACAUUGCAUGAUAAGUAAUGGGAUAAGCACUUGUGGGCUUAAAACUCUGACGGAUUUAGUCUGGCGCCUCUCUUGUUAAUGUUUCCAACGGUCGAGUGCCGGGUCCUCGUGUGAACGUCCUGCUGCCACAACAGCGGAUGUCACCUUGUGAGCGACAAGCCAGAUUUUCACACGUGGCCUUUGUAAUAUAUAAUAACACGUGUGCAAAUCACUAAGGAUUUUAAACACUGCGGUUUUCAUUUUCAUCGGGGUAGUUGCUUUUUAGAUGGUGGAGUAGAAGCAUCUUGACAGAUGUUACUGACAUUGUACUUAAGUGAACAGCAGAAGGUCACAAUCCAAAUGCUAGCAAAUGUUUCUUGAGCCCUUCAGAAAGGAGUUCUGGAAAGAUUUUUUAGGAUAAUGAGUUGGAUGUGGAACAACAGGAACAAGGCUAGAGGUGUCACAGCUCAAGAUAAAACAAAAUAAUAGAAAUAACAUGUGGUAAACGAUGACUUUCCUACCACAUCUGAAACAUAGGAAAUGUUUGAUUACAAACUGAUUUUCGUUGUCAGAAACACGUGCUGGCGACGACUUGAGGUGCAGUGUAACACCAGGUGUAAUGUAACUCCAGGUGUAAUGUAACACCAGGUGUAAUGUAACACUUCAGGCAAGUGCUGGAUUCGAGUUACGUCACACGUGGCAGAUGAAGGUCGGGUGCUUGAAGGACCGUGCAAGGAGAAGGUGCAAGAGCAGACACCUUGACAGUCAAUGGCCAGGUGACAGAAAGCGGAACACGUGGCAUAAAGUCAAAGGACUACAAGGACCAGACUACUUCUGCUAAAACACUCGAUCGUCAGGUUCAUUACGAUGUGUUUUGUACUCUCUCGCCGCUGCCAUCCGUCGACACGGAACAGCCCGCGGCAUUGUGUAACAUUCAAGAAAGAAGAAUUUAUCGUAUUCCUGUCUGCCUGCUGAAAUUUUAAGCCAGCGAGAAACAAAGUUUUAAAAUUAAUAUAUAUGUCUGGCGAGUUUUGCACCUGAUGUCUGCAAAGAUAAAUUUGAAUCCAUUUCACAGGUACGGGCUGCAUGAAGUCUGCCGACGGAGAUGAAAGUGUUUUAAACCUGCUGACACUGACCCAACUACAACUCACUGGAGUAUGUUAGCUCAGAUAUGUAUAACAUUUUUUACAGAUAAUUAAUGAGAUGAAGUGUCACAAAUUACUCUUUUCCUCAUAAUAAACAAGCGUCAAAGAGCACCAACCUCGAGACAUAGACCCUCCCCCUUGCGGAGUGGGGAGGAGCUGCGUUUAGAAUAAAUGCUAACGAGGAAAGCAAGUGAGGACAUGUUUCAGUGCAAAAUUAAACAAUGCUCCCUGUGGAGAUGAAACUGUACUCUCUGCGAUCUGCAGAAGAAUGUGAUGCGGCAAGGAGAUGCGACUUACACUCUCCAGAAACAACAACAACAACAACACAUUAAGAUGGCGCUACUACGGCGGAGAGCUAAAAAAGUGAUGUACCUUUGUAUGUCCGCUUACAUCUUGAUUUUCCUGUUGACGAUGUAUUUCUGGAAAGGUCUCUCUCACUCCAGCACAAUCGUAAUGAGUGGCGAAAACUACGAACAGACGAAUAAUGUUUUGGCUGGUGAGGCAGAAGGAUUCGGAGACGAUAAGUCCCUCCAUGACCUGCCUUUGAACAUCAUGCCAGAGAACAUCAUGCCUCUCAGCACCAUGGCGCCCAGAAACGUGGACCUAGCGAUACAGCAGGCCGGGUGGAGACUGCCUGCUAAGGAGGACCCGGGUCAGCCUCCCCUUCAGCACAAUAAAUACGUGGUGGUGGAGGAGGCACUUCCGGGAAGGUUUGCGGAAGUCGUAACUGCGCAUGCCAUUCGAGUGGAGGGAGGUCUCCAAUUUCAAGAUCUUCAGCUCUAUGACACAGACCUGUCGGACGGAGAGUUGCCUGCCGUUGGGGAUUCGCAAUUUUUCGGGAAGAUAAGCUCACGUGUUCGUAACGGUUUUAACGGCCUCCGCCCGAAGGAUGAAGACGAUCCUGCUGCUGACGGGAAGCAGAGAGACAAGGGGUCACAUGAGGUCAAAGCUUUACAGGGUCGGGUCAAUAAGGAUGACUGGAUGUCACCGGAUGGUCUUGUAGACAAUGCACCGAACCAGCAAUGGUCACCGCAUCUACCACCAAACACCGAUUCUCAGCCCUCGUUCUUGGAUAGCAAAGCAUCCUCAGCCGAUGUCGUCGUGAACGUGUCUGUCAGCAAGGCCGUGGCAGAUUUUCAGAAAAUCUCUGACAUCACAAUCUAUUCGGCCUUCCUCGACAGCCGGAAGUCAACACAGCUCGUUCGAAUGAUGGCCGUAGCACCGGUCAGUAGACGGCCGUCAACCUUCGACCUCUGGUGUCUCUUUCCAUGGCUGAGGCCGUGGAACCCACUUUAGUGACAAUCAAACAGUCACCAGACUGCAACGGUGCGAAGAAAAACUGCCACUACACUCUCUCCUGUCAGGUUCCAUCUGAAAUGCAAUUUUCUCAGACUCUGCUCUCUCAGAACGACAUUGCAGUCGUAGGAGGAACGAAGAAGAGCAACUCCCUGAUGCAGACAGGUGAACAAGUUCGUUUAACCGUGACAGUCAACACAAUUUCUGCAGUCAAUUCGUCUGUGAAAGAGCAAGGCUAUAAAAAUCCAGAGCGAAAUAUCGUUUUCGGUGUGUGUGCCUCCUUUUCAUGGCAAGAUUCCGGUUCUGCGUUUAGUUGAGUUUGUGGAACUGAACAGAAUCCUCGGCGCUGCCCACUUCACCUUUUACAAGUUUGGUGUGUCGAGAGAAAUUGCGCAGGUGUUGACAUUUUACCAGAAUGUUGGGCUGGCCACGGUGCUGCCAUGGAGUCUCACUGCGCCCAAUGAUAUCUUUGAGAAAGGAGAAGCAGUUGCCAUGAGCGACUGUUUGUACAGAAGUAUGCAUUUAUUCGAUUUUGUUGUUUUUCUUCGUGUGAACGAAUUUAUCGUCCCUCAUGUGGAUUACACGUGGAGUCACUUGUUAUGGAACGUUCACAUGCGGUCGGAAAACCUCAACACUAUCGCGGCCACUUAUCAGGUUCUUCCUCUAGCUUGUUAUCCCGCAGACACCGGAAGUUGUGCGACCAGUCUUGAGGCGACUCCCUGUGCACGUGAUCCAAAUCGACCAAUCACAGAGAUAACUCACUUUCUGACGUUGAGAAAAAACUUUGUGCUAUGGCAACGAUACAAAAGCGAAUGAAACAAGUGUGUUUGUUCGACCAGAAAGAGUUUUGGAACUUGGGGCUCACAGGACGGCCAGACUCGUGUCGGAACUGUUUGUCUCUUUCAAAGUCGAACCAGGGCUGGCUUUAGUCCGCAAGUACAGAGAACGGUCUUGUAAACAGACGGUUAGUAAAACAUCUGUUGGCCAUGUCUGCAGCAGUCUCGUCCUGGAUGAAAAUCUCGCGAGGUACGAGAAAGAACUCAUCCGCAGGACGAAGCGAGUCCUGCAGGCGCUCAGUCGUUUGGUGUGAUAUGUGUUUAUAAGUAUGAUUCGAGAUGAAAUCAGUGUUGCGAAUAA